AUGAGCCCCAGCUCCCCACCACCCCAGACGGGCGGCUCCGCCUCCUCUUCGGGGGUACCUGCCCCUGAGCUGAGCAGUAUACCAGUCUCCUGGGACGCUGCCCCCACAAAGAUGCCCAUGCUCGGGCUGAAGCCCACACGCUCUCUCACCAGCCAGGCGCACAGAGACCACGCAGACGACUCAGAAGCAGCCAGAGCAGGCCCCACAGCCCAGGUGUGCUGGUCCCCAGCUCCCCACCCUCCCCCAACCCUGCGCAGUAUCCACACUCAAGGGAGGGCAUGGCACCUAGAGAUGGUGGGGUUCAUGGGUCCCCCACACCCCCCAACCGGCACCACCGAGGAGAUGCUGCCGGGCAGCACCCCUCCUAAUGACAGCGGCAGCCCCGAGGCUGCCUCCGGUCCGACACCCAGACAGGCCCCCGCCCCGCGCCGCCACCUCCCAGAGGAAAAACAACCCCCAACCCAACCUCCUGCGGAGCCAGCCCCCGACACUGCUCCUCCAGGGCCGGGGCCCGCGCGGCGCGCACACGCACCCUCUCCGCUCACACCCAGACACCUACACAAACAGGGCGCCAAGCACCCGCGCGCACACGCACCGGGGACACGCAGGCACCGCCGCACCGCUUCCCCACAAAGGCUGGCGCGCGCGCGGGCACACGCAGCCACGCGCGGGCACACUCGCCGUCCCCUCCCCCCGCAGGGCGUCCCGCGGCCGCCCAUCCGCACCCCCCGCACCCCGGCGCUCCGUGAGACCGUCCCUCCCGGCUCCCUAGCCGGCGGGGGUGCGGAGCUAGCCGCCCCCAACACCCCUCCUGGCUCAGGUGCGGUGACCAGCGACUCCAGCAUCCCCUCCCCCUCCGAGGCUCGGACAGGCCCCGGAUCCCAUCCCCCACGCCCCGCACACCUGGCCCAGGUACGGCGUCCCCUCGCCCUAGGCCCGCAGACACUCACCGGUCCGGCGCCGCUCCGGGGUCGGCCCUCCGCGCCUCUCCUGCGGCUCCGCGAACCCGGGCCCCCCGCCCGGCACAUCUCCCGGAGCCGGGGCGGGGGCACCUCGGCCACCGGCCAAAAAUGUACCAGAAAAAAAUGCAAAAAAAGCGGAUUACACAGAUCCAAUGGCGGCCCACUCGGCGGCGGCGGCUCCGGGCUGGGGGCGCGCGGGUCUGCGCCCCUCCCGGGGAGGGAGGCGGGGGAGACAGCGGGCGGGGGCGGUGUCACAGCUCCGGGGGCUGGGGCGAGGCGGAGCCCCCCCAGGCGGCGCCGGCAGCGGGCCACAUCUCCCCCGCAGCUCGCCGCCCCGACGGAGGCGGCACGUGCGCGCCCAGGCGACUUCCCAGCCCCCUCCGACGGCGGCCACCACGGACUUAGCGGGGCAGCCGGAACGACCCUGCAGUCCCCCGCUGUCCGGCAGCGCCGCUCGGGGGCCCGCGCUGCCCCAUCGGCCGGGGCCUCCUCGGCAGACGGCGGGCGGGGGCGCCGCAGCGCCGACAGCUCCCGCGCCGACGGCUCGGGCUCCCCGCAGUGGCCGGGGGGCUCGGGGCUGGAGGGGGGCGGCGCGGAGCAGGAGCAGCGGCCGGAGGCGGGCACCGCGGCGUCGCGCCCCGGGGAGGCCGGAGGGGGACCGCCGGGCGGUGGGCACCGCAGGACGCGCAGACCAAGCCGGCGCCGGGCACCAGCAAUGACAAGCCGCCUGCUCGCCCCGCUCCCCGGCGCACCCGCUCCGGGAGGGGGCGCGGGCGCGCGCAAAACCCGGCCCGGAACCACCGACCGGGACCGGCCGCUGCAACCUGCCUGGGCGCACCGGGGGCAGCCCGAAAACCCGGGCUGGAUGUUGUGUGCCUUUGCCUCCUCUUGCCCCCUUGGAAAACGGGGAGAGGAAGGACGACGUGCAGGAUCCUCGCGACAGAACGGGGAGGGAGGGGGCUGCAUAGUGGCUGAGGCGGCGUGGGCUGCCCCCAUCUUCCUGGCAGCGACGUGCAAGCGGGACGGCAAAAAGAGGGCUGGAAUCUGGCACGAACGGAUCCGGAGCUACCGGCUGCAUCAGGAGCGGCCAGGAGCGCACUCGGACCUCUGUCAGCCUCCGGUGCCCCGCAAGCCCCUCGGCUGCGCAGCCGCAGUAGAAAUCGAGCCUGCAGCCGGGCUCCCGGAGCCAACGCGUCCACGCGCGCAGGCUCGCCCGGGCGCCCCGCGUCCAGCAUCUCGCCGGUUGUUUCCCUCGCCUGGGAUACUCUACCCUGAGCCUCGGGACCCCCACGUCCAUAGCGUCCUGCGCCUCAGGCACCCACGUUCAGUGCACCCUGCGUCUCGGGCACUCUACCCUGUGCCUCGGGAUCCCCACACCCAGAGUGCCCCGCGCUCGGGAACCCACGUUCUGUGCACCCUGGGCCUCAGGCACGCUGUGCUCACCUUUGCCCUCUGCCCCCGCCCUCUGUCCUCCGUGUCUUGA